AUGGCGGCUCGAUCCAUCACCGCGGCAGUCCUCGCGUCGUCGCCGCUGCCGCCGCGCGCUGCCGUAUCGCGGCAAGGCGCGGAGAUAGGCCGGUCGGUUGAGAUACAGGCACUCUUAGACACGCGCGCUGCUGCUGCACCGCGUGUUGCGCGCGUAGAGUGUUGCGCUUCUAGCGGGGCUGCUAGCAGCGCAAUUGGUGGGGCUUCUACUAGGGCUGUUAGUAGCACCACUGCUGGCCAGCGGCGCGCAACGAACCGGACAGAUGGGGCGAGGGAGGCGCGGCCCGUUGUUUCGCGGAAGAAGCGGCGCGGCUUGCGGAGGGUGGCGCACCUCUCCGCCGGCGACGGUACGCAGCCGAGCCCCGAGUCCGCGCGGGCGGUGUGGGCGGAAGUUCUGAUAGUGGGGCCGCGGCACUCCGCGCGUGGGGACGAGGAGUGCGGGGAGAGUCCUCAGGGGGUUGCGGGGGAAGCCAGUUGCGCGGGCGGUGGCGCGCAGCAAGAGGGGCUUGGAGCGCGUGGGGAAGGACUCGCGGGGCAGGGGGGCGUGUGGAGUGAGGCGGACGAGGCGGAGCUGAUUGCGCGGGCGGUGGGCGGUGCGGUGGUCAAUGCAGGGGGGGCGCUUAUUGCUGGUGUGAUGUGCGCAGGCGCGGUGGACGCGGAGGGCGCGGAGGCGGCGUGGGAAAGGUUGGGGGCGGAGGGCAGCGCGGGAGUGAGUCUAUCUGGAGAAGCGGAGGCGGAGACGAAAGCGGGGGAAUCUGAGAUGGCGCGGGGAAGGCUGGAGCUGGAGCGCGCGCAGCUGGAGCUGGCGAUGCGGGAGUCGCGUGGGGAGGCGGAGAGGAGAGAGGCGGAGCGCGGAGCGGCGGAGAGCGGGGAGGCGGAGGAGGGAGAGGCGGAAAGGGGGGAGGCGGAGGCGGUGGAGGGCGAGGUGGCAGUGGGGGAGGUAGAGCCGCAGAAGGCCAUGAGAUUGGGCGAGGGCUUUGAGGAGUGGGGGGACGCACGACAUGGCGAGGACAGCGUUUGCGCGGGUGACACGGUUGGGCUGCUGGUUGCGCGGAAGGACUCAGCAGGCGUGGCGGAGCACGCGGAGCGGGGGGUGCGCGCGGAUGCAGCUGGGGGCUCGGAGUCGAGCGACGACGAGGCUGCUGCGGUGGAAGCCAGGCCAGCCGCUUUCCCCGCCGCUCUUAACUUGCGUGUAGCGCUGCAUCCGAGCCACGUGUUGGACUUGUCACUCGACUCCAUCCAAACGCACUCCCUUUUCUCGCCAUCCCCACUCCCCUGCGCCCCCCUGCCACUGCGCCCCCCUGCGUCCUCCACACCAACCCCCACCCCGCCCCCAGCGCUGUACCUGGCGUUUGUGUUCAACUGCUUCGUGGAGCACGCGUGGCGCUUCGCGGGCGCGGCUCUGCUGGCGCUGCUGCACGACUCGCUGCUGCCCGUCGCCGUCGCCAGCUUCGCCAGCCAGGUGCGGCGCUCCACACGGCUGUGCCUCACCCCACGGCUGUGCCUCACCCCACGGCUGUGGCCUGUCCGUUCUUUUCUGGUCUUCUCAGCCCACCAUCCCACUCGCAUUCCUUGUCCCGACGCCAUCCAUUCCCCCAUCCUCACCAUCCAUUCCCCCAUCCUCACCAUCCAUUCCCCAUCCCCACCAUCCAUUUCCCAUCCUCACCAUCCAUUCCCCCAUCCCCACCAUCCAUUUCCCAUCCUCACCAUCCAUUCCCCCAUCCCCUCAUGUCCUUCCUACCUCACGUCCUUCCAUCCCAGUUCCCCACAUUCUCUGAACCCUCCAAUCUCCAUGUAUUUUCCUCCCGCCAUCCUCUGUCUGUCGGGCUCUUACCCUCUCCCCCCAAGUCCCAUGGCAGCUGGAGCGUGGUGGUCUGCGUGGCCGCGCCACUGGUGGAAGAGGCGACAGACUCUGGUCCAGGAGUCGCUGGUGGUGUUCGUGGGGGCGCCGCUGGUGGGCGACAUGAUGGACUCUGCCCCGCGGGUCGCGGCCUUCAACACCAUCUCCUGCAUCCAGGUGGGCCUUCAACACCAUCUCCUGCAUCCAGGUGGGCCUUCAACACCAUCUCCUGCAUCCAGGUGUGCCUUCAACACCAUCUCCUGCAUCCAGGUGGGCCUUCAACACCAUCUCCUGCAUCCAGGUGGGCCUUCAACACCAUCUCCUGCAUCCAGGUGUGCCUUCAACACCAUCUCCUGCAUCCAGGUGGGCCUUCAACACCAUCUCCUGCAUCCAGGUGGGCCUUCAACACCAUCUCCUGCAUCCAGGUGUGCCUUCAACACCAUCUCCUGCAUCCAGGUGUGCCUUCAACACCAUCUCCUGCAUCCAGGUGUGCCUUCAACACCAUCUCCUGCAUCCAGGUGUGCCUUCAACACCAUCUCCUGCAUCCAGACAGCAGCCAUGGUAGCAGCAGCGCUGGCAACGCUAGCAGCAGUGCACGCGGCGCCGGCAGUGGCGGGGCAGUCAGGAGCGGUGCUGAUGCGGAAGGGAUGGUUCGCGGUGCUGGUGGUGGCGGGGGCGGUGGAGCGCAUCACAGGCAUUGCGUCCGGCGUGGCCUUCGAACGUGACUGGGUCAUUCUCGUAAGUGGUGGGGGGGACAGACGGGGGAGGGGGGCGGAUGAGGAAGGGGUGGAUCCGGUGCUGGCAGGCGCUGUGGAGCGCAUCACUGGCGUCGCCUCUGCUGUGGCCUUCAAACGUGACUGGUUGGCGGGGCAGGGCAACGCGGCAGCGCUGGCCAACGCCAACGCCAUGCUGCGCCGGGCCGACCUCUUCUGUGACGUGCGUGCACCCAGGCACAGAGCCGUUGAGCCCAAGAGAUGCUUGUGCCAUGCCGAUGAGCCAGUGUGCCAUGCCGUUGAGCCAGUGUGCCAUGCCGUUGAGCCAGUGUGCCAUGCCGUUGAGCCAGUGUGCCAUGCCGUUGAGCCAGUGUGCCAUGCCGUUGAGCCAGUGUGCCAUGCCGUUGAGCCAGUGUGCCAUGCCGUGGCCGUCCCCCGCUUCUCCUUCUCUGCUGCCUCAUGCUUCCCCCACUUACCCUUGUGCGACCCCACACUCCUGCUUUCAACAUUUUCCCUCGUUUCACCCCUUCCACCUCCAUCCAAUGGCGUCGCGCCAGGUGGCAGGGCCGGUGGUGUUUGGGUGGCUGCUCUCAGCAUUCAGCCCGGCUGUGUGCAUCAAAGCCUCCCUCGCCACCAUGCUGCUCUCCCUGCCCAUCCUCGUGAGCUGCUCUCGCCCAGCGCCAUCUGCCUCGUGCUGCGCACGGACCGCCAGUCCAACGGUGUGCUGAGCCGCCCCAAGCCGCCUGCUGCACCACGGCUCUCCCUAGAGCCGCCCUCCACACAGCGCACCAGCAGCACGAGCCGCACGGAGAGCAGGGGGGGGGGGAGAGGUAGCAGGGAAAGAGCGACUGCUGCAGGGGCUGCUGGUUCUGCAGCAGACACGGCCGCAUCCACCCGCGCACCCUCCCCUGCUGCCGGCGUCCCGCCACCCGCGCUGCUCCUCAUGGCAGCACCCCGGGCUGUAGCGGCGGCACUCACUGGCAGCUGCCGGGCAGCCGGGUCGGUUGUGGGGAUGUCGGUGCGGUCGGUGGUGCGCGGGUGGAGGAGUUUCCUGGGGCAGCCGGUGCUGCCCGUGAGUGUGGCGUACGUGUUGCUCUUCUUCAACUGUGUGCUGUCGCCCGGCGGGCUCAUCACCAGCUUCCUCACGCAGCAAGGAGUAGACGUGUCGGUGAUAGGGGCCUUCAGAGGCGCGUGUGCGGCCAUGGGCUUCGCUGCCACCUUUCUCUCGCCGCUCCUCAUCACCCGCCUUGGCCUGCUGCAGGCGGGCGGGGCAGCGCUGCUGUUCCAGUCGCUGGUGCUGGCGGCGUCCCUGGGGGUCUUCGCCCUCUCUCACUCCAUGGGCCACCACCACUCGCUGCUCCUCGCCUUCCUCGCGCUCAUCGUGGUAUCACGGCUGGGCCACUGGACAUACGACGUGGUGGACGCGCAGAUCUUCCAGGUGGCCAUCCCGCCCGCGCAGGCCAACAUAGUGGGCACCACGGAGGUGGCGCUGGCGAGCCUGGCGGAGCUCGUCAUGCUGGCCCUCGCCAUCGCCGCCCACGACGUGCGCCACUUCGGCCUCCUCGCCGCGCUCUCCGCUGCUGCUGUGUUCGCAGCUGCCGCCAUCUACUGCGCGUGGGAGCGGUCGGGAAAUCAUCAUCGUAGGAGCCUCUUUCCGCCGGAGCCACGGCUAAGGUGGUGGCCGUGGGGGCGGCGCAAGAGGAGAGCGGGCGGGGCGGGUGGUGGUAAAGGGGCAGGAACGGGGACGGGAGCGCCUGCUGCACCAGCUGCCUGA